UUCCGACUCCGAAAAAAUGAGCUGACGCUAGUUGUGAAAUGGGAAUAAGGCCGCGGGUCAGACCGUUUUAAAAGACAGCCUGCUAAUUUUUUUCAUUGUUAGGUUUUGUAUGAUAAAGUAGACAUUUUGAACAUGCACUCCCAAAUUUUAUGUGGCGGCACAGCUGCGGCUGUUGCUGCAAGAAGGGUGCGGUAUAUUUUGGGUUGUGUCCUGGGAAGAGACGGCUGGAUGUUCAGAACUCAUGAGGUCAAACUUCUGAACACAGCCUCAGGUGACACAGUGAAGAUUGGUGAGAUCACUUACAAACUCAAGCCACCCCAGAAUCCAGAGCUUGUUCCUGUGAAACACAUUUCAGACUCCCUACCUCAGACGGUGGCUCAACACCUCCGAUGGAUUAUGCAGAAAGACCUUUUGGGUCAGGAUGUGUUCCUCAUUGGCCCCCCAGGACCCCUGAGAAGAUCCAUAGCUAUGCAGUACCUUGAGUUGACUAAACGGGAAGUGGAGUAUGUCGCUUUGUCCAGGGACACCACAGAGACCGACCUGAAACAGAGGAGAGAGAUUCGAUCGGGGACGGCCUUCUACAUAGACCAGUGUGCUGUAAGGGCCGCAAUAAGAGGCCGCGUCCUGGUCCUGGAGGGGCUGGAGAAAGCCGAGAGGAACGUCCUGCCUGUUCUUAACAACCUGCUGGAGAAUCGAGAGAUGCAGCUGGAGGAUGGCCGCUUCCUCAUGUCAGCGGAGCGUUAUGACAAGCUGCUGCAGGAGCACACCAAAGAAGAGCUGGACAGCUGGAAGAUUGUCCGCGUAAGCGAGGACUUUCGGGUCAUCGCGCUUGGUCUUCCUGUACCCAAGUACAAAGGCAAUCCGCUGGAUCCUCCUCUCCGCUCUCGCUUCCAGGCUAGAGACGUCUAUUACCUACCAUUCAAGGACCAGUUGGAGUUGCUGUACUCAGCAGGACCAAAUGUCGCUGCAGAAAGAGUUUCCCAGCUGCUCUCACUAGCUACUACGCUAUGCUCCCAGGAAUCAUCCAGCCUAGGCCUUCCUGACUUUCCUGUGGACAACCUGCUUCCUGUCCUUCAUGUCCUGAACUCUUUCCCAAUGCUAUCCUCCCAGCAACUGCUCCAUAGGCUUUAUCCAUUUAACAGUAUGUUGGGCAAGGACGGUCGCACUGCUGUUGAGGGUGUACUCAGUCGAUUUGAGCUUCUGGAUGGUCAUCGUCAGCCAGCACCCACCACCAUUUUGAGUGUGUCCACGGCAAAAGAUGUAGAAGGCCAUGCAGACAUCACUUUACAUGUAGUGGACAAAGACAUCACCUUUCAGGUUCCAGCAGGCGUUAAGGAGCCACGUCCACCCAAAAGCAGUCCCACCUACAUUCAUACACCAAGCCACUCCCAGUUGUUGGCCGAGAUGAUACAGUCGCACAUGGUUAAGGACAUAUGUCUGAUAGGACCUAAGGGUUGCGGCAAGUCGGUGAUUGCCAGAGAGUUUGCUGAGAUGCUGGGUUACAGCAUGGAGCCUGUCAUGCUCUACCAGGACAUGACAGUCAGGGACCUUCUCCAACAGAGGUACACGCUCCCAAAUGGGGACACAGCAUGGAGGCCAUCUCCACUGGUCACUGCUGCCAUGGAGGGCAAGCUGCUGCUUCUCGACGGCAUACACAGAGUCAACCUGGGAACCUUGGCUGUACUAUCCAGGUUACUCCAUGACAGGGAGAUAGAUCUGUAUGAUGGGACCAGGCUGCUGAGGUGGGACAGAUACCAGACUCUAAAGGAACAACUACAUUUAAGUGACCAGGAACUGCAAGAGAGAUCAGUUUUCCCCAUUCAUCCAUCGUUCAGAGUGCUGGCCCUAGCAGAACCCCCUGUCGUGGGGAGUGCAGGCAGCAACAGCAGAGCUCAGCAGUGGUUGGGCCCCGAGGUGCUCACUAUGUUCCUUUACCACAAUGUCAUGCCGCUGGCCAAAGAAGAGGAGAUGGGCCUCAUACAGGGACUGGCUCCUAAUGUACCGAUGGAAGGAGCAGAGCAGCUACUGCACCUCGCACACAGUCUCCGCAAGACAAAUGACCCCACAAAAUUAAUAUUCCUGCCCAGCCUGGCCCGUUCCUCUCUUCAAAAAAACCUCCUGAACUGCUCCAUACAGGAUGCAACAGACCCCGCUGAUCACUCUCUUGAUUAUCCCUGUAUGGUAAAGGACGGUGUGUUGACCAUUGGGAGUGUCUCCGCUCCCAUCUACAAUGCUGACCAGAAAAUGAAGGUUCCUGACGUGCUCUUCUAUGAUAAUCCUCAGCACAUGAUGGUGAUGGAGGACAUGCUGAAAGACUUUCUGUUAGGAGAGCACCUCCUCUUAGUGGGAAACCAGGGUGUUGGCAAAAAUAAAAUUGUGGACCGGUUCCUGCACCUUCUUAACAGGCCCAGAGAAUAUCUACAGCUCCACAGGGAUACAACAGUCCAGACUCUGACCUUACAGCCCUCGGUGCGAGAUGGCAUCAUUACAUAUGAGGACUCCCCUCUGGUAAAGGCAGUGAAGUUUGGCCAUGUGUUAGUGAUAGAUGAGGCCGACAAAGCUCCUACAAACGUCACCUGCAUUCUCAAAACCCUGGUGGAGAGCGGAGAGAUGAUCCUGGCUGAUGGACGCAGAAUCAUCUCAGGUCCACAUGAAGCCGAGGGGAGGCCUGACACCAUAAUUAUGCACCCAGACUUCAGGAUGAUCGUCCUCGCUAACAGACCUGGUUUUCCUUUUCUGGGCAAUGACUUCUUUGGAGCUCUAGGCGAUAUUUUUAGCUGCCAUGCUGUGGACAACCCGAAGCCCAAAGCGGAGCUGGCUAUGCUAAAACAGUAUGGCCCCGAUGUUCCCGAUGCUACGUUGCAAAAGCUCGUGGCAGCCUUUGGAGAGCUCAGGUCCUUGGCCGACCAGGGUACCAUCAACUACCCCUAUUCUACUAGAGAGGUGGUCAACAUUGUCAAACACCUCCAGAAAUUUCCCGAUGAGGGUCUGGCCAACGUGGUGAGAAACGUCUUUGACUUUGACUCAUACAACAAAGACAUGCGGGAGGUUCUAAUUGAAGCACUGCACAAGCACGGGAUUCCCAUUGGAGCCAAGCCCAGCUCUGUCAAGCUGGCUAAGGAGUUUCCCCUGCCGGAGGUCAAGAUGACAGGAUAUUGGACCAUAAACCAAGGUGGCAACACUCGACGCAAACUACUGUGUCCCACGGACACACGGCCCAUAGAUGUCAAGGGCCCAGUGUUUCUGCGUGUCCAGAAGUACCCCUGCAACAGGCAGGAAAGCAGGGCUUUGAGUUUCACUGAAGAGAAAGCCCACUGGCAGAUUCCCAUGAAUGAAGUUAACAUCAUCUGUGACGUCACCACCAAAGAUGAUGUGCUGUAUGUGGCCACCUGUAACCCAGUGUCCCUGUACUCCAUGAAGGAGCGUGGGGAAACUAUCAAGUGCAUAGAGCUCUACGAUGUCUUCCCCAGGACCAUCAGUGGUGUCUGGCAGCCCUUUGUUACGGUUGCUCCACUUGGGAGUCCACUGGAUGGACAGGUGGUGCUGCACGAGGAACAGGGUAACACAGUGCUCCAUUUGGACUUGGUGACAGGCGCCUUGCGGAGGCUCAUGAUUUCCCCCGACAGUGAUCAGUCUUCCAGCAGAUCGUCGAACUGGUGGAACAGUAAGGAACAACAGGCAGGGUAUAAAAUGUGUCGUGACUUCUCCCACAAAAACUGGCUUCUGUUCUAUAAGGAGGACAGCAACCAGCUGGAGGUCCUGGAUGUGCUUGAGGGACGAGUUCACUCCAUCUCCCUUCCGAUCAACCUAAAGUCUGUCUUCCUGGUGGCAGAGGACCGCUGGCUGCUGCUGGAGAGCAACUCUAACAAGAAGUUCCUGCUGACCAAGCCCAUGCACAUGGCAGCUGAAGACUCUGGAGUCUGUCAGCUUCACAGCAUCAGUGAGGACUCAGUCAACUCAGGCCAUGGAACAAGCUCAGCCGAGUUGUCUAUACCCCAGAUGCUGUCAUGUGAGCAGCUACCCAACGAGAACCUGAGUGCCGCUCUGAACCAGAAGAUUGUUUCCCCUAACCGUGUGCUGGUUGACACAGAUUCCUACGCGCGGCUCAUCGUCGGCUUCCCAGAUCUCAUGUCACCUAAUGAAGUGUACAGCUUUAAAAGACCCGUCAACCUAUCAGCGAUAAAGAGUGGUGACAGCGGGGCUCAAGCAUUCUUCAGAGGAGGGCUUCGGAGCGCCACGGCCAAACAGGAGAAUUGUGUCAGUCUGAUCCCGGUCAAUCAGGUGGUUCGAGCUCUUCCACCUAACAAAGUCCCCCUAAAAGAGCUGUACCCCAAAGACGUCACACCUCCAAUGACAGCGGCAUACCUGGAGGUGACUGAUCUCAACUCCAAGAAGCUCAAAUAUAUUCCUGUUCCAAGGUCAAUGACUGUGUCGCCCUACACCAACUGGGUGUCCAAGGUGUCAGAGUGUGAUGUGCUGAUAGCUGCUCUUGGUUCUGGAGGUGUCGUCACGGUGGAUAUGGGCGGGUACAUCCGUCUCUGGGAGACAGGAUUAGACACCUUGCAGCGCUCACUGAUGGAAUGGAGGAAUAUGAUUGGCUCAGAGGACGGCAGACCCAUACAGAUCACCAUCCAGAGGGACAGUGGCCUGGAUGUCAGCGCCCCGAAACAUGGCAAGAUCGACCCCCACAAUGCUCCUCAUGUCGGGGGUAACCAGUGGGCGGGAGGCACAGGUGGCAGAGACACAGCAGGGCUGGGUGGCAAGGGAGGCCCCUAUCGUCUGGAUGCAGGGCAUAAGGUCUAUCAGGUUUCACAGGUGGAGAAGGAUGCGGUUCCUGAAGAGGUCCGUAAGGCAGCCCGAGAAAUGGCUGAAAAGGCCUUCAAAGAAAGGUUGAAGGAGAUUGAUAUGAGUGAAUACGAUGCUGCUACAUACGAGCGCUUCUCCAGUGCCGUGAGGAGACAAGUUCAGUCACUCCGCAUCAUCCUGGACAGUUUACAGGCUAAAGGGAAGGAGCGGCAGUGGUUAAAGAACCAGGCUCUGGGAGAGCUGGAUGACACCAAGAUCAUCGAUGGACUGACUGGAGAGAAGGCUAUAUAUAAACGCAGGGGAGAGCUGGAACCAGAGCUGGGCAGCCCUCAGCAGAAGCCCAAGCGGUUACGGGUGUUGGCCGACGUGUCGGGCAGCAUGUACCGCUUCAACGGUGUGGAUGGCAGGCUGGAGCGCUCCAUGGAAGCUGUUUGUAUGGUCAUGGAAGCUCUUGAGAACUAUGAGCACAAAUUCAAGUAUGACAUAGUGGGCCACUCGGGCGAUGGCUACGACAUUGAACUGGUCACGGCAGACAAAAUCCCCAAGAAUAACAAGCAGAGACUUAAAGUCCUGAAGGUCAUGCAUGCCCACUCUCAGUUCUGCAUGAGUGGUGACUACACUCUGGAGGGGACGGAGGCCAGCAUCAAGGAGCUAGCGAGAGAAGAAGCAGAUGAGCACUUUGUGGUGGUGCUGAGCGACGCUAAUCUGGAGCGCUACGGCAUUCGGCCCGAGCGCUUUGCCCAAGUCUUGACCUCUGACCCACAGGUCAAUGCCUUUGCCAUUUUCAUUGGCUCCCUUGGCGAUCAGGCUGAAAGACUCCAAAAGACCCUUCCAGCAGGGAGGUCCUUUGUCGCCAUGGACACCAAGCAGAUCCCCCAAAUCCUGCAGCAGAUCUUCACCUCCACAAUGUUAUCCAGUGCCUGAUGCAAACACAUAGUACAUACCGUACACUCACUUGUUAUCUCACACACCCAAAACUUCAAAAAGUUUGUUGUGAAAGCGCUGAAGAUCUUCACACUCUGUGUCAGAUCAAAUGACUUUAUCAUGGCUGCAGCAGGUCCGGAGGGGUCGCAUUAGCACGAGCCGGGGGUUUGACAGUUUGUUAUUGUUAAGAAGCCUGUUAGCAUGACAGAGUAACUAAUGUUUAGAUAUUUUGCUGUGUCCCUCUGGGAACAGCUACAGUACACAAAGUGUGUGAUCUCUUUUAGUGUGACUGUAAUCUGCUGUGUGAUCGGUGACGCGAAUGCCUGGAGCCUGUCUCAGAUCCCAUGUAGGGAUCAAACACACAGCCUAACAGCUGUUCUUUUUAAUUGUGUUUUUGCCCCUACACACACA